ACAACACUUGUUUACUUGCCGUCAACAUGAUGACCAACUCGCUUUCUUUCUCGGCGGACCACGAACGUCUGAGGCUCAGAGUGGAGAAGAAGACGAGAAACAUUUUUAUUACGCAGCCCGAUGACUGCAGGAAAAGGGAGGAGAAUGUCAAUUACAUACCAGUUGUAACUGAGGCUCCAAGCAGAAUCCUUAAGGUUGGUGUGAACACCUUACAAAAGACUCUAGUUUUGAAGAAGCAAGGCGAGCUGGAUGAGGUGAGCAACCUUCUUCAAGUCAAAAGAGACGAAUUUCAACGAAAUGUGGAGGAGCUGGCUCAAAGAAGGACUGAGCUGGAAAGAAAACAUCAGGAGACAAAAGAGAAAGCAUUGAAGUUUGAAAGGUUUGUGAGUGACAAUGAAACGAGGCGCAGUCAAGCUGUGCAGCAGUACAAAGCGAUGCAGGAGCACAACCUGCUGAAGCAGCACGAGUUGGAGGAGCUGACAAAACAGCUGCAACAACUUCGAGCCAGGAGGCACGUUUUAAAGGAGAGGCUUUCAAAAUCCAAAAUCUAUGAGGAUUUUUUGAUGAAAACAUUGGAUUACCUCCCAAACAGUGACCUUGAGACUGACACCGAAUGUGCGGUUAUGCCCAUCAUCCGGCGCUAUGAGACCCUGUGCUUUACCCAUCAGCAGCUGCUGUGGCGUUUGGGCCGUGUGGAGGAGGAGGUGGAGCAGGGCAGGCGGCAAUUGCUUGCCAUGAAGCAAGGACGCAGCAUGCACAAAUUGAUGGCCAGUAAGGAACUUUAUGAACUUCAAAGGGAGUUGGAGAGCCUUAAAGAGAAGAACAAGCAGGCAGAAGACAAACUGCUGAAGGAGCAAGGACAGUCCAGGAAGCAGGCUGAAGAAAUGGGAAGCUUAAUCAUGGCCAUCGGCAACCUUGCAGAACAGUGUUAUCAGCCAGCGUAUGGAACCCUGGAGAACAUGAGCGCUUCCUUAAUGAUGGACAUGGUAAAGGAGCACCUCGUGGACAAGGCGGACACAGAGAAGAGAGCGAGGAGACUGAUGGAGUAUGAUUCCCAAACGACAAGUAAAACAGCUUUGACGGACAUGAGAGCAAAGGCAUCCAUGAGCAGCUUUGGCAGUAAAACUCAACUCAAAAGUCAGAGUAAAGUCAGUAGGACGAGCAAUCUAUCUAGCUGAUUUAAAAAAAACUGUAACGAUCGAAAAGCUUCAAUUGCAAAAUUGAACUGCUGAUAAAGCAAAAGCUGUGAUAAAUGUGGUGUCCUAUACUAUUUAGUAACUACUGUGAAAAUGUGGCGGCACGGUGACCGACCAAUUAGCACAUCUGCCUCACAGUUCUGAUGAGCCGGGUUCAAAUCCGGCCUUGCCUGUGUGGAGUUUGCAUGUUCUCCCCGUGCCUGUGUGGGUUUUCGUGUGGAGGUGAGCCCAACUAUAUGUAGUUGGAACUUCUCAACCUCACACACCAGCUCGGACGCCUUCCCUGCCCGGGAGAUGACAUUCCACGUCACUAGAGCCAGCUUCUGUAGCCCGGGAUCGGACCGCCAAGGUCCCCGCUUUCGGCCACCACCCAGCUCACUAGGCACCCAAACCCUUUCGCCCCUCCCACAGGUGGUGAGCUCAUGGGAAGGGGAACCCACAUUGCUUCUUCGGGCUGUGCCCGGGCAGGCCCCAUGGGUGUAGGUCCAGCCACCAGGCGCUCGCCUUCGAACUCCACCUCCAGGCCUGGCUCCAGAGGGGGGCCCUGGUGACCCCCGUCCGGGCAAGGAAAACAUAGGGCCAUUUAUUUUAAUCAUCAUUAGAGGUAAUUUGAGCCUUGCUUUGUCUGGUCCCUCACAGUCCGUUCCUCUUUAUCAUACUGAGAAUGUCAUUAUUAAAUAGAAGCCAAAUUAACGUUGUCUAUAUAUUUUCAAGACUACAUUCAUAUUACUUUGAGUAAUUCAAAAGCAAUUGAGUAAUAUUUGUAUCCAAUAAUUUUAGUUACUUAUGCGCCCUUAAUAUAAUCUCUGCGACUUCAAAAGUAUUUUGGAACAAACAGUUAUUGUGUUGUGAGCGAAAGUCAUGUCAUUAGCCUCUAUGCUGAUCAGUUAUUAUUAAUGAAUUGUGUUUCAAUGUAUCUUGAAGGGGAAAAAUUCAGUCUUGCAGUCAUGUCAAUCGAAAGAUACACUUCAAUAUCUGAGUCGCAACAGAGUAAUAGACCAAUUUGCCACCUUUAAAAACAGACUGCAUUCGUUGACGCUUCCACCCACCAAGUAGCUAGCGAUUGCAGCUGUUAACAGAUUUUGAUUAUCACCUGGAGGAGAAAUUAUUCGCUGUAAUUCUUUUGUUAAUUGAAAACUAUGGGCUUGGCUGUCUGUGACAACACAGUGACCUUUCUUCUUCUUUUUUUUUUUUUUUUUUUUUUUGCAUAGUUUUGCAUACACUGAAACAAUGUGUACAUAUUUUUUGUGGUCAAUGCUGUAAACAUACUUCCUGUGUUUUUGUACUGUAUUAAAAAACAGACUGAAAUAACACUGCAAGUCUAACAGUGACUUUUGAACUUUUACCCAGUAUUGCAUCGUUUUCAAAUCUGUCCAAAAACAUUAAAAAGUAAUUUGUCAGUCUUCA